CAUCCUGUUCGCAGACAUCGAGGGUUUCACCAGCCUGGCGUCGCAGUGCACGGCGCAGGAGCUCGUGAUGACGCUCAACGAACUGUUUGCCCGAUUUGACAAACUGGCAGCGGAGAACCACUGUCUGCGGAUAAAGAUCCUGGGCGAUUGUUAUUACUGCGUCUCCGGGCUCCCAGAGGCGCGAGCCGACCACGCCAGCUGCUGCGUGGAGAUGGGGAUGGACAUGAUCGAGGCCAUCUCGCUGGUACGUGAGGUCACCGGGGUGAACGUGAACAUGCGAGUGGGCAUCCACAGCGGCAGAGUGCAUUGUGGGGUGCUGGGACUCAGGAAGUGGCAGUUUGACGUCUGGUCCAAUGACGUCACGUUAGCCAAUCACAUGGAGGCCGGGGGCCAAGCUGGACGAAUCCAUAUCACCAAGUCCACUUUGAAUUAUCUGAAUGGAGACUACGAUGUGGAGGAAGGAUCAGGGGGAGACAGGAACGCCUACCUGAAGAAGAACAACAUAGAAACCUUCCUCAUUGUGGGAUGCAGUCAGAAAAGGAAAGAUGAGAAGGCGAUGAUAGCCAAGAUGAAUCGACAGAGAGCAAACUCUGUGACGCACAACAGCGGCCAUUGGACCGACAGACCGUUUUACAACCAUCUGGGCGGGAACCAGGUGUCCAAGGAGAUGAAGAGGAUGGGCUUUGAAGACCCUAAAGACAAGCAUUUCAAUUUCAGAAACACACAAGAAAACCUGAACCCAGAGGACGAGGUGGACGAGUUCCUGGGCCGCGCCAUCGACGCCCGCAGCAUCGACCGCCUGCGCUCCGAACACGUCAAGAAGUUCCUGCUCACCUUCAGAGAGCCCGACCUGGAGAAGAAGUACUCCAAACAGGUAGACUCCAGGUUCGGGGCGUACGUUGCCUGCGCCUCCCUCGUCUUCCUCUUCAUCUGCUUCAUCCAGAUCGUCAUCGUGCCAUCCUCCAGUCUGAUGAUCGGCUUCUUCACCACCGGCCUCGUCAUCCUCACCGCCGUCAUGUUCGUCUCCACCGUGUACUGCUGCUUCGGGCUGUUCCCUGUCCCUCUGCAGACGCUCUCUAAGAGGAUUGUGCAGUCCAGACUGAACAGCACCCUGGUGGGCGUCUUCACCAUCAUCAUCGUCUUUCUUUCUGCCUUCAUCAAUAUUUUCACCUGCAGCAGCCUGGACCUGCGCAGCUACAUCCAGGAUGAGCUGAGCAUCCAUCUCUCCGCGGUGAACGCCUGCCACGCUCACCUGCUCAACUACAGCCUGGACGCCCAGCACAAGUCCUUGGGAGAGGACGUCCUCAUCUGCAGCUUCCCUGAGUACUUCUCCUGCUGCGUGCUGCUCAGCCUGCUGGCCUGCUCCGUCUUCCUGCAGAUCAGCAGCAUCGGGAAGCUCUUCCUCAUGCUCUUCAUCGAGCUGCUCUACCUGCUGGUCAUGGAGGUUCCCAAAGUCAGUCUGUUCGACAACCAGGACCUGCUGGUGAUGGCCAACACCGUCACCAUCGUCGAGCACAUGAAUAUAACAAGCUGCAUGAUGUACUCCAAGGUUCCUCUGAAGAUCAUGACCCCGGUGGUCAUCACAGUCUUCGUCCUCGCUCUCUAUCUUCACGCUCAGCAGGUGGAGUCAACGGCCAGACUCGACUUCCUGUGGAAGCUGCAGGCCACGGAGGAGAAGGAGGAGAUGGAGGAGCUGCAGGCGUACAACAGGCGUCUGCUCCACAACAUCCUGCCCAAAGACGUGGCGGCUCACUUCCUGCAGCGCGAGCGGAGGAACGACGAGCUCUACUACCAGUCCUGUGAGUGCGUGGCCGUCAUGUUCGCCUCCAUCAGCAACUUCUCCGAGUUCUACGUGGAGCUGGAGGGCAACAACGAGGGGGUGGAGUGUCUGCGGCUGCUCAACGAGAUCAUCGCAGACUUCGACGAGAUCAUCAGUGAGGAUCAGUUCCGUCAGCUGGAGAAGAUAAAGACCAUCGGCUCCACCUACAUGGCGGCCUCCGGCCUCAACGACUCCACCUACGAUAAAGUCGGCCGCUCGCACAUCCGCGCGCUGGCAGACUACGCCAUGAGGCUGAUGGACCAGAUGAAGUACAUCAACGAGCACUCCUUCAACAACUUCAAGAUGAAAAUAGGUCUCAACAUCGGCCCUGUGGUUGCCGGGGUGAUCGGGGCGAGGAAGCCUCAGUACGAUAUCUGGGGAAACACGGUGAACGUGGCGAGCCGCAUGGACAGCACCGGGGUACCGGAGAGGAUCCAGGUGACGGCGGACAUGUACCAGGUGCUGAGCUCCUAUAACUACACCCUGGAGUACAGAGGGCUGGUCACAGUGAAGGGCAAAGGGGAGAUGAUGACCUACUUCCUCACCAGCGGACCCCCGUGCAGUUAACCUCUGCUGAGUGACAGACAGACACACUGGGGUCAGGCGUUAACCCCGCCUCCUGCAGGCGAUGGCGGACUGAGACUAAACAAAGCGCCGAUUCUCAAAAACCUGCUGAGGAACGGAUGAGGAAAAUCCUCCCGAGGCUCAAAGCCAGCGCAGGAGACUCUUUGAAAAGAGGCCGAGCUCGCCUGAAUCUGCCAUUGAGACCAAAGAUGUCCAAUGUCCAAUCAGAGCAACCGAAGAAUAUUCCUCUUCGCUUUCCCAUUUUACAGACG